UGAACGUAAACAGAUAUAAACACAUGGGUUGAUUCGCCGAAUUAUUUCAUUUGAGUGUAUUUAAGUUUUUAACACUAAAAAUGCUUCCCCGUGACGAUUUAAUAUCCUUUAUGGAUCUCCUUGACUUAGAUGAAGAAGUUGUUGAUACUCGAUUGGCAGCAAUAAUGGAAAGAUCAAAUUUCAUCGAAAACCAUCUUACAAAUGCUUUGCAUUUGUUGAAAUAUAAACAACUUAUUAAUUUAAGAGAAGAUUGCGAAUGCGAAAAUGAUAAAGAAUUUUAUUUCGUAAGUAAAUUAUUAAGUAAUCUACAAGAAGAUAAUGUAGAAAACAUUUGUAAAAUAAUUAAAGUUGUAUUAUCUCUUAAUCCGAAUACUUUAGUGUCCAAAUCUGAACAUUUAGUUCAACAAAUUUUGUGCAAUAUGGAGUUACCUUCACAACCUGUUAAACCGUUGAUGAGCAUCAAUGAAGAUCAGGUUACAAAAGUAAUUCUUGAUUUAAAAGUAUGUAGUAGUAUUGUUGAAGCAGUUAUUAACAAUAAUGAUGUUUUAACACUACCAUUUCUGGAAAUACCAUUAGAAAAUGUUUUAUAUAGUAAUGAUGAUAAACUAAAAGGAUACUUUCUAACCAAGACUGUUCCAUUAUUCUUUAAAGGUGUCCAUGGUUACGGUAUAUUGGACAGAAUUUGGAAACAUCUUAUACAGCUUAAUAAUAAGACAGAAAUUGGUCUUAGAACACUGAGUUGUCUUUCAGACUACUAUUUGCCCAGUGUAAAUAGUGAAAUAACUUUAGAAUCAGAAAUUGUAUUUAAACAUCAGUUUUGGGAGAUCAUUUUGGAAGGUUUAAUAUCCGAUAUAACAAACAGAAAGAUGUCUAUGUAUCUGGCUAAAAGAGCACUUGAUUAUUUAACAUUUCUUAAAAAAGAUGCUCUUAUAAAAUCACAGGAUAAUAUAAUAUUUAAAUGGAAUUAUAAAAAUAUGGAUGAGCAGAAAGUUAUAUGGGAUAAUUUUUUUAUAGUGCUAGACAGUUUAGAGGAAAAACAAAGUAAUAUUGCCCUUCCAUCUUUAAGACUUCUUGAAACAUUGAAAGAAAUGCCGGAAUGUUGGUUAAAUUGUAUAUUUAAUCUUGGUUUGAAACAUGAUAAUACACAAGUUCGUUUGAAAUGCAUUGAAAAUAGAUUAAAAUUUAAAAUACAUAUUACAUCAGAAGCAAAUACACUUUUAGAAGCACUGAAUGACACAUAUCUAUUUGACAAGAAUACAGACUAUAAUAUGCUUAAAAAUACACUAUCAAAUGUGUUUUCAGAUAUUAAAACGUUAAUGUGUAUUCUUACCACAAUGCCUGAUAUUAAAUGGGCUCCUGUCCCACUAUUUCAUCUAAGCGAAGUAUUGGCAAGUGUACGAAAAGAUUUGUUAAGUAAAUAUGAUCAAGCGAGCAUCUCAAAAACAAUAUUAAAUAUUUUAAAAAUAUCAUGUAAUAACAUACUCAUAAGGAAAGCAGUUCUAGUUAAUAUCUCACAUUUAGUUGGCAACUGUUGUAGAGGAUUGCAUUGGAAAGAGUAUUUAAAUUUAUAUUCACAUUUUCAUUUUGAUACAUACACGGAAGAGAGUAGAAAUAGUAACCCAUUGCUAAUGUAUUUAAAAGAAAAUACAUUGUUACUUUCUGAUGACAUACAACCAUUGUUCAUUUUAAUAACAACUGAGGUAAAAAAUAUUGAUUUUGGUUUAUUUUAUAUACAAACACAUCCUGUAGAAGUUACCGGUUUACUAACACUAAUUAAUAAAAUGAUUUCAAACAUUCAAGACAUCAAUCAGAGACAAUUUGCUGAGAAAAUGGAAUGUUUUGAUGAAGUUGUAUCAUUAACGAAUAUUUAUAGCAAGACUACAAGAAAAAAUAAUACAGCUAUAGAAAAUAUAAAUCUUAUAACAGCUACAGCUUACAAAACUAUAUUGGAAUACUUGAUUUCUGUAUUGAGAAGUGAUAAAUAUUUAAGUGUACAAGAAAUUAACAUAUUAUUUGCUGGAUUAAAACCAAUGAUUGGUAAUUUAAGUGAUUACAAUUCAAUAGAGACUGUAUUACAAGUGUAUAAGUCAUGUAUUCUAAUGCUUGCAGAUAGUCAAGUUGAUUUAGAAGCAAAGAUUUUCUCUGUGCAUAUUUUGAGUGCUUUAUUAACAAGUCCAUUGAUGAUAGAGUAUCAUAGACAUGAAAUUUUAUCUAUAGAAGAUUUCCUAAAACUAACUAAGUCAGGUUUAGUAGAGUCUAGUAUAAAAGAAAGAAGCGGUAGACUUAAGAAUAUUUUAUAUGAAAAAUAUUGUGAAAUUUUAUACAAUAUUAUUAAAAUUAAUAAAACAAAUUUGAAAGUGCCAAAAGAGUUUACAAUAUUCAUAGAUAAUGCAGUAGAAUGUGGUGGCUACGGAUGUUUGAUUUGGAUUCUCAAAAUUAUGAAAGAUGUUAUACCAAUUUUGGAUCAUGAAUUUGAUUUGUCUGUAUUUUUAGAAAAAAUGUGGAAAGAGAUAGAAGAAUUAAAAACUAAUAAUCAAUAUAUAAAAUGUAUUGAAGAAUUUGUUAAUAUAAUAACUGAAAAUUCACUAUUAAUUAAGCCUGAAUAUAAUAAUUUAUUUCUAUCAUAUUGGCAUAAAAUAAUUGAAUAUGGUCCUUUAAAGAAUUCUCCAUUAUUCUUUCUAACGAGACAAAUAAAUGGGAAAGAUUUGUCUAAAUAUAGUCACAUGAUUUAUGCUCUGUGUGACAUAUUAUUAUACUGUCCUAUUCCUAGAAAAGAUCAGAGGAUUACCGAUAACCUUUCAAUUGAAAUUUUAAAUCAAAAUAAAUAUGGCAUUGAUAACAGAAGUUUCGAUGUGCACUUUAAUUUUCAUAUACAAUAUUUAUCAUACUCUGCAUUAAGUAAAGUUGAUGAUCAAGAAGUUUUAAAAACAAUAAUAACAUUUAUUACAAAUAAAAUAAAUAUAAUAUUUACGAGUAAAAAACGAUAUCAUGGUAAUUCAAAAUCUCACAGAACUUUAUUAACGGCUAUGCAAACUUUGCUAUUAAUAUUGUUGAAAUCUAGAGAUGCUCAAAUGGACAAUAUUGCAAAUUGGUGUAUGGAUAUAUUAGGCUCUAUUCCUCAUCAACCAAGUGUUAGAAUAUGUUUGGAAUGGUAUAUAGCUCUUUCCUACUGUUUCAAGGAAGUUCAAAUAGGUGAGAAUAUGAUAGAGCAUUUUAAAUCGAAAAAUAUACCAUUGACAUCACAAUUUAUAAUUCUUUACUGGAUUAUUAAAUUCAGGAUAAAGCAUGGUUCUUUAAAAAGCGAUGAAUAUGAAUUUGUAAUAGACAACCUUCUUUAUCACACAAUGGGACAAAUAUUUAGCUUGAGAUUACAUGCACAAUAUCUUGCUACAAAAUUAUACGAUUUAAAUGUUAACAAAUCAGACAAAUACGACUUUACUAUACAAGUCAUAAGAAAAACAUUCGCAGACAGCGCCGGAGACAAAGGAUUUAUAAAGCUUCAAAAGGAUUAUUUUGCAAACGACUUUGACCUCGUCAUAGAUUUUAUACCAAGUUUCAUAUUUUAUUUUCUACCGAGAUAUUGUGAGAUGUAUGUUAAUGAAAAAUUAGACAAGUCUUUCAUAAAAACCAUCCUGCAAGAUAUAGAUGACAAUUCUUUUGCGAAAGUUUCAAAGAGCGUUUUUAAAACCGAAUGGACGAAAUAUCAAAAGAGACAUGAUGAUAUUUACGACGUUUUGAUCACCGAAAUGAAAGAAGCCGGAGAAGAAGAUGAAUCAAAUACUAUUCAGAAGAAAUACGUUCCUUGGAAUAAUAUGAGCGAUAUAAAUAUGUAUGAACUUCAAGAUAAGAAAGGCAAAAAGGGUGAACUCAUAGUGGUGGCCUCAUUGAUCGAUAAACUGCCGAAUCUUGGUGGAUUAGCUCGCACUAGUGAAGUCUUCGGCAUUAAAACUUAUGUUAUCGAUAGCCUCCGUCACUUACAGGAUAAGCAGUUUCAAGGCUUAAGUGUAUCAGCGGAACGUUGGAUUGAUGUAGAAGAGGUGCGACCCAGCGGUCUGAAGCAAUACCUCAUGGAAAAGAAAUCUGAAGGUUAUUCAGUGGUUGCCGCUGAGCAAACUUCUUCCAGUUCACAAUUGCAGACAUUCAAGUUCCCGAAGAAGACAUUACUGUUGCUCGGACAUGAAAAAGAAGGCGUAUCUUGCGAUCUUUUGCCUUUGAUGGACUUUUGCGUUGAAAUUCCACAGCAAGGUGUGGUUCGGUCUUUGAACGUUCACGUUACCGCCGCCAUCUUUGUUUGGGAGUACUCGAGGCAGAUCAUGUUAUAAUAUGUAAAUAAAUAUUUAUUCAACUUUAUACAACUGACUUUUAAUUUCCAUUAUUCCUUAAAU